GCCGUCGUCGGCGUUUCCAAGUGAGCGGCAUUCACAAGUGAGCGGCAUUCGCAAGUGAGCGGCGUUCGCAAUGGCGCAGGAUCAGAUUACUUAUGCGCAGAAGGUUGGGAAGAGCAUUGGGAAGAGGGAGGACGAGCGGCAAGACAUAGUUGGCAAGCCCAUCACGAAGGAAGAUGCGGCUCAUAUCCAGGCCGAAGCGAUGAAGGUGGGUGAGGAAGUGAAACCGGGGUCGUUACCCGCUUGUGCACGGUCGGCAGCUUCCGUGAAUGUGAGAGAGGGGCGGAUUCCCCCAGGACCAGGUCUGGGAGAUGUCAAACCGUUCGAUGAGGAGCCGUACAAAAGCGGUUUGCAGCAGCAUGGGAUGGAGAUUGGCGGGCAGCCGGGGCAGAAGCAGGACGUGGCGGGAAAGCCGAUCACACCAGAGGAUGCUAGUCGAAUUCAACAAGCGGAGGCAAGGUUAGGUCAUGACACCGGGAAGGGCAGCCUGUCUGCGCACGCAGCUUCUGCGGUCGCGGCUAAUGUGCGCGAGGGGAUCGUCGACCUAACUCCCGAGGGCGGAACAGCCGGGGCGACUGCGCCUGACAUCAAGAGUGCGCUGGAGCAAUACCCCCCUGAGCACCGUGAGGAGGUUCGACAGGAAAUUCGGUCGGCCCUUCGUGACGAGAAGGGGCAGUAAUUUCGAAAACCAGCAUGGAGGGACUGCAGGGAAGACGGGGUGGCGUGGCUGUACGUAAUGGAGAAUCGAUGAAUGAAAAAAUGUGUCAAGGCCAAUGCCACGUUAGAAAGAUCACUCCGCAGGGAAUAGUCGAUUUCAAUUUCGUAAUAAGAAUUGUAUCACAUCAUUGUAUAUCAGCGCUAAAUUUGAUUACAUCAUUGUACAUUAGCGGGAAAUUGGAUCGCAUCAUUGUAUAUUACCCGGUGUUGAGUGAAAGUGCAUGUCCUUAAGUGUGUACUUUCAAGCCAAGAGUUGAUUUGACCAAAAAGCGACGACGUCUGGAUGGACGAUAGAAGGGUCUGAGUCUGGCUUCGAAGGCGAAGGCAGUCAUUGCGAGAGGUGUCGGAAGGACGGAGUAGAUAAACGGUUUUGACCGGA